AUGGCUUCUCAUGUCGCAGACUUCGGCGCAUUCCUGCAAGGCAUAUCCGAUGUCUCCAUCAGCCCCAAGCACUUGGAAGCCACUCGGUUUAUCUCGGUAGUUGGGAACGUGUCUGUUCUGGAGGCUGGUCAGCAGGUGGUUGGAGCUUGCCCUGUGCCAGGGCAGACCCUUUUGACGUGCUGGGCGAUGCAACCUGGUUUCCACAACCAAGCCUGCGUCGAUCUGUGCCACCUGGAGCAGGCCCUUGCCAAAUUUGCCGAAGAGAAUGCGACAGAUUUACGCGUGAGUCAAGCAACUGGUGCAAGUGGCGUGGAGUCUGUUGGGCACUUGAGCACCCCCGCGCUUGGUGUCUGCUUUGGUUUCAGGCUCGAAGGCAUGCUUGUGGCAGCUGGUGAGGUUACGUUAAGGGCAGCAGCCCUCCUGGGUUGCGAGGUACCAGAGGCUGCGCGCCAGGACCCGCAGAAGGCCGCCUUUGCCGAGGCCACGCGCCUCCUUAUGGCGGUGGUGGGCUUCAUCUGCGAAGGCAACUGCCCACCGAUGCUGAGGGGAAAUGUGGUGACUCGUGGCCCAUACCUUCCUGCCUGGUCGGGCAUUGUGCCGCACGUUAUGCUCAGAGACUGGUUCGACACCAAUGACGCCUCUUCAGUGGUGAACUUUUUCGGGUCUCAGUGGCUUCGCAAAGCUUUCGAAGCAGCAGAUCGACCGAAGAGAGGGCAGUUUGUGACACUUCUCUCGCGCGCGGCCUACGCCGAAGUACUGCGGCCAGGAGUAAGGGCCCUCCGAGCUCCGUGGCAAAGAGUCUUUGAAAAUUUCCCCGAGUUGGGGAUCUUUCGGGCACUUCUCACUCACGUCAGGAGACGUUUGUGGGAAGAUGCACGAGAUCGAAGUCGCAGCAGGAGCCGGGAGCGGAAACCGAAGGUGGAGCCCAAGAGUGAAAAGAAGCAGGAGGGUGUUCGGUUCAUCGUCAAAAAUGCUGGGAACCUCCCCGCAUCGGAGCUGGAAGAGCAUUUCCAGUCCUUUGGCAAUGUGCUCUCGUGCAAUGUGCUCAUCGAUAAGCGGACAAAGAAAUCCCGGGGUGUUGCAUUCGUCGCAAUGCGGCCUGAAGGCUACUAUGAGGGUCGGCCAGUCACCGAAGAGGGCAUGAAGGAUUGGGUGCUGCAUGAGACCCACAUUGUGGGACACAUGAAGCUGGAGGUCACGCUGGCCGAAGUAAAGCAGGAGAAGGAGGAGGAUGAAGAUCGCAAAAGAGAGGAGCGCGUGGAAGAAAGGAGGCGCUCUCGCGUAGAGAAGGAGCAACGCAUGAGCCGUACCCUCGGAGGCGUGGCCACGCUGUCGGAGCGCGGGGAGGAAAGGCUGGUUCCUUCACAUUGGCACAAACGAUGGCGGAAUCAGCUCUUCGAGUUCCUUCCGCGGGGGCCCUCGGGCCCCACCACAUGGGCCGACCCGCGCGUGGCAGCGCUGUGUGCGGCAAUUUGGACCGAGGUUGCCGAACAUGCGUCGAGAACCGGUGAUCGGACGGUCCAAGAGGCUUUGAGCCUUUUCCAGGAGCCAGCAAGCGAGACCCCUCGAUGGUGCUUCAUCCCUGCAGCAGAGCUGCUGCUAAUCAUCGGUGAAGGCAUCGUUGGCAUAUCCGCCUUGGGCGUCUUCGUGUGGCCCCAGUGGCAGGAUGCUGUUCCGCCACGGUCGGGGCAGGAAAUCAUUGCGCUGUCCAUCCCCUGCUUUGCACAGCCCUUCGUGGCCGCGCCGGCCGCUGCUGUGAUGCAGCCAGCGCCCGGCAUGCCGAAAGGUUCUUCGGAUCGCGAGAAGAUCUUUGUUGGGGGCCUGCCUCACCACUGCACACUGGAUAUGCUCACUGCCCACUUCAGCAAGUAUGGCCGGAUCACGGAUGCUGUGGUCAUGGCUGACAAGGCCACGGGCAAGCCCCGAGGCUUUGGCUUCGUUGUCUUCGAGCAUAUCUCCUGCGUGGAGGCGGCAAUCCGUGACUACGGCAAGCAUGCCAUCGAUGGCAAGUGGGUGGAUGUGAAGCGAGCCACACCGCAGGAUCAGGCUUCACCUCCACCACAGGUGUUCGCACCAGCACCGAUGUCUGCCGGCCCUGGAUGCCCCGACCGGGGCGCCUCACCGACCCCAGAUGUCUCCCCGGUGAAGCCGGCCAUGAUGCCCUUCAACGAGGUGCCCCCACCACGCUUCGAUGACGCAGGACCCAGUGCUGUCCAUCAGGAGAGUUACGAUCCGUUCGGCUAA